AAUGGUUUAUAAUCAGAGUCUCAUCGGAGUACUUUAAGUAUAGUCUUGACUGCCAAAGCCCUCGAAAUAUCCCGUUGGAUUUCACGUGCAAUAGUUUGCAACUCUUCCUUCAUCAACCAUGUCUCGACCGACAAAGCUGGCCGUGUUGCCUCUACCGUACCCAAUAAUUCUUCUUCCAGCUUCAAGAGUAACGGUUCCUCUGUCUGCUGAAGUUGGGGAAGCUUUACUUGCUUUGUUCGAGGCCAACGACAGCCUGCCGGUUGUGGCUGCCGUUCCGGCGGUGGACACCUCUGCAAACGCUUCUGCAGUCCAAUAUGGGACAGCAGCGAGGGUUCUUAGGCUUGUACGCCCACCGCUCGGGAGGUCAAACUUGGAACCUGGGGAAAGGCUGCCCCGCCUUUACCUAGCAUCACUUCACGGACUUACCCGGGUAUGUCUCGAAGAGCGUUAUGACCACGAGAAAGCGACCAAGAUGGCUCUUAAUUCAACGACGCCGAAAUUGCUGAUGCGCAAGAUUUCAUAUCCUUCAUCGUUUCAGCUAAAAGACUCUGUCGACACCAACUCUACUGUCCCUGUGCAAGUACAGGCUCGAGAGUCAAUCGUUAAAUUCAAGGCAGCUGCCUUGCGAGUUCUGCAACAUAUGGCCCAGAGCUCACAGCAGCAGGCUAGGAAGGAUGCCUUCUACAAAAUCGCGGCCAUGCUUGAGGAACUCAAGGACGACGCAGAAGGCCUCGAGUUGGAAGAUGGACGUAAUAGCGCCAGAGACAAUUUGGACAGAGCCGCUUGGAUGGCAGAUGUUCUCGUUGGCAGUGUCCUCGGACAGGGCGUAAGAGCAUCCGCUUCAGGGAACGAAGGCGAAAACGAGGAUUGGGCCGAUAAACUGACACUCCUUUCUACUUCGAAUUCACUACCUCGCCUGCAACUUGCUACCAUGAUCCUUACAAAACUUCACACCAAGCUCGAGGUUACUUCCCGCAUUGCUAAUGCUGUUGAUGAAAGCCUGAGCAAGCAGCAAAAGGAAUUCUUCCUCCGGCAGCAAUUACGUGCGAUUGAGAAAGAAUUGAAGGAAUUGCAACAGACAACAUCUACAUCCGGUAACACGAACCCAUCGAACGGUAACAAUCGUCACAGCGGUGAUUUAGAUUUAGAUUCGAAUGAAUCGGAUGACACGGAAUUAAUGGAUAUACGGCGUAAACUUGAAGCAAUGACACCUGGUAGCGAGGAAAGAAAGGCAGGUGUCAGAGAAUGGAGAAGAUUGAAGAGGCUGUUGGGUGCGGGCGGUGCAGGCGGAGGUGGCGGGAGUGUCGAAGGUGGUGUCAUAAGGGGCUGGCUUGAAUGGUUUACAGCUCUACCGUGGCCAUCUGUUACACAAUCUUCUCCCGCAUCUUCCCAAUCUUCAAUUACUACAUCAGCUUUCCUUGCAGAAGCUCGUGCUCAGCUUGACUCAGAUCACUACGGCUUGGACAAAGUCAAGAAGCGACUUAUAGAGUAUCUUGCGGUUGUCAAAUUGAAAGAACUCGCUGAGCUUGCUGAAGAACGUCGGCUAGCCUUGGAAGCUCACAAACCAGAAGCGGCUGAAGCCCUGGAGGAAGUCGCUGGAGCUGCAGACACUGAUGGACAGGAAAAAGAACUACAAGUUGUACUACGUCAAGCUCAGCCGGCUAUUGAGAAUCUACCCGCAAAGGUGCAGAAGUCUAAGGGUGUCAAGGGACCCAUCUUACUGUUCGUUGGUCCUCCAGGCACCGGAAAAACAUCCCUAGGUCAAAGCAUAGCGCGCGCUCUUGGACGACCAUUUCAACGCAUCUCCCUGGGCGGUGUCCGAGACGAAGCAGAAAUUCGUGGCCACCGGCGAACAUACGUAGCCAGUGGACCUGGGCUCAUCGUUCAGGCUUUGAGGAAAGCCGGAAGACCAGACUUUGUUUGCUUGCUCGACGAGAUUGAUAAGAUUGGUGCCAGUAACUUUCACGGCGACCCAGGAGCUGCCCUGCUGGAAGUUCUUGAUCCAGAACAAAAUUGUAACUUCAACGAUCAUUACAUCAACGUACCUAUAGACCUGAGUCAAGUACUCUUCAUAUGCACUGCAAACACACUGGAGACUAUCUCCGCACCCCUUCUGGAUCGAUGCGAAGUGGUCGUCCUGCCUGGCUACACCCACAACGAGAAACUUCACAUUGCCCGACAAUUUCUACUUCCCAAACAACUCAAGUCCAACGGACUAACGCAGGACCAAGUCGAAUUCACUGAAGAAGCACUCAAAGCCGUUGCAAUACGGUACACUCGAGAAGCCGGCGUAAGAACGCUCGAACGAUCUAUCGGUUCAGUCGUACGGUUCAAAGCAGUUGAAUGGGCGGAAUGUCUCGACGCCGUUGAGGCACAAGAGGGAAAGAUCGUUAAUGAGGCUUCUCCACAUUCCCCCUCCACGGACCUCUCAGUCAUUAAUCUGGACCACCCAUCGAAGACAGCGCUGUACAAACCAUUGGUCGAGGAAUCCGAGCUCGAAGCAAUACUCGGUAUUGCGCGCUGGGAGGACGGGGAUGAAAGCUUGGCAGAGAGGAAUCGUGGGUCGAGAAGAGGCGUCGUAUAUGGAUUGGUUGUCAUGGGCCAGGGUGAAGGUGGUAUACUCCCGGUUGAGACUAUUGUCGUCCCCACAGGCAACAAAAGCGGCAGUGGAGAUGGUGGAAGAUUACGGCUAACUGGUAGCUUGGGAGAUGUCAUCAAAGAAUCUGGUGAACUGGCAUUGAGUUGGGUGAAAACGCAUGCGUAUGACCUUGGCAUUACCACUUCGCCAUUCCAUGAUCCUCUCAGGGGAUCAAAUCCUAUUGAUAUCCAUUUACAUCUUCCUGCUGGUGCGCAGAAAAAGGAUGGACCUAGCGCUGGAGUUGCAAUGACGUGUGCACUUGUGUCAUUACUUACCGGUGCAUGUGUACCAACAGACGUCGCCAUGACCGGCGAGAUAACCCUUAGAGGACGCGUUACCCCUGUUGGCGGCAUUAAGGAAAAGGUUCUCGGUGCUCAUCGCGCACAAAUUCGAAAAGUUAUACUUCCAUACGCAAACCGCAAAGACGUCGAGUACGACGUAGCUCCUGAGAUCCGUAACGCAAUGGAAUUCGUUUUUGUACGCAAUCUGCAGGAAGCCUUAGAAGCUGCUUUUGGGAAAGGUGUCAUCGGAUGGAGAAGCCAGCUGGACAUGCUAGAAAGCCGACUGUAAUAUCUUUCACACUGUCUAUCUUGCCGAUUGCUUUUGUUGUAGUACAUACCAUUUCUGUUUUGAUAUCUCACCAUUUGUCAUGCUUAGUGUACCCUCUGUUUUGCACAAACGAUUCCUCUCGCUAUCUGUAGGUCUAGAUAUCCUUACUGUAUAUUACAUACCAUCAAACCAAUCCAGAGUUCUCGAGCUCGAAGGUCGUUAAUUACACAGAUAGAAAUGAAGCUGCAAUUUGUAACAUACAAAACGAAGAUUAAAGCACA